GCGGGGUGGUGUGGUCCGUCCUUGCACCGGUCCCCCGCAUCGGACGUCGCCAUGAAGCCGGCCCUGCGCGCGUUGAGCCCCGCGUCCUGGCGCCAGAGCUUCUCGCUGGACGGCCGCGACGUGGCGCGCUGGUUCCCCGGCCACAUGGCCAAGGGGCUGACGAAGAUGCGGAGCAGCCUGCGCCGGGUGGACGCCCUCGUGGAGGUCCGCGACGCCCGCAUCCCGCUUUCGGGUCGGAACCCGCUGCUCCAGGAGAGCCUGGGCCUCAAGCCGCACCUGCUGGUCCUCAACAAGAUGGACCUGGCCGAGCUGAGCGCGCAGAAGAAAAUCGUGCAGCGUCUAGAAGCAGAAGGCCUGAGAAACGUCGUCUUUACCAACUGUGUGACGGAUGAAAACGUCAGACAGGUCAUCCCGAUGGUCACGGACUUGGUGGCAAGCAGCUACCGCUAUGACCGGCAGGAGGACCCAGAAUACUGUAUCAUGGUGAUUGGGGUCCCCAACGUGGGCAAGUCCUCCCUCAUCAACUCCCUGAGGAGGCAGCACCUGUGCAGAGGAAAGGCCACCAGGGUGGGCGGAGAGCCCGGCAUCACCAGAGCCGUCAUGUCCAGGAUCCAGGUGUGUGAGCGGCCGCUCAUGUUCCUGCUGGACACGCCCGGGGUGCUGGCACCUCAGAUCGAGAGCGUGGAGACGGGCCUGAAGCUGGCCCUGUGUGGGACUGUGCUGGACCACCUGGUGGGGGAGGAGACCCUGGCCGACUACCUGCUCUACACCCUCAACCGGCACCAGCUCUCCCAGUACGUGCGGCACUAUGGCCUGGCGGGCGCCUGUGAUGACAUCACCAGCGUGCUAAAGCAGGUGGCCGUGAAGCUGGGGAAGACGCAGAAGGUGAAGGUGCUCACGGGCACAGGAGCCGUGAACGUCCUCCAGCCCAGUUACUCCGCGGCUGCCCGGGACUUCCUGCGUGCCUUCCGCAGUGGGCUGCUGGGCCCUGUGAUGCUGGACCAGGACGUCCUGCAGAGCUGCCCCCCCAGCUCGGACCCCUGACCUGCCCCGUGCAGAGGUCCUCCCGACCUGCCCAAGCUGGGCACCCUGGGCCUUGUGGUACGUGGGGCUGCCACGUACCCUGCUCAGCUGCCUGGGCUCAGGAAGGAGGCCCAGUGGGGACCUGGGCAGAGCCGGGGUGCUGGAAGGAGAGGCCCAGUGGGGACCUGGGCAGAGCCGGGGUGCUGG